AUGGACCCAAUCAAUGAUAUGACUUCAGCUGAUGCCGCACGGAUUCUAGAACUGUGGGAUAGACUCAACAACAGCACUCUAAUUGGAUGGUGGGCAUACAUAGAUGCAAAGGUUGAAUCCCGAAAUGCAUAUGAACGAACAUCACGCGUUGAUGCAACCCAGCAGACCGUGAGCGCAGAAUCUGUUGCGGGAGGCUCAUACACUUCCCAACAAUCACCACCUGCUGCUGCAACGCGGGCCGAAGGAUACUCUCCUAGCCCUGGAGUCGAUUCAAACCAGCGGGAAUCGACGACAGCUCCUAUUGCAGGAGGUUCAAACGAUGUCCUCCAACAAGCGCAAUUGGUUGCGCGCCCGCAAGGGCAAUCCGAUGGGUCGAUGGUAAGGCCAGUCGAAGAAGGUAACCAGCGGACAUCGACCGCACCUUCUAUUGCAGGAGGUUCAAAAGCUGUACGCCAAGAAGCGCAAUUGGUUGCGCGCCCUGAAGGGCAACAGGAUGUGUCGGUGGAAAGGACAGUCCAAAAAGUCUCGAAUUCGGUUGCCUGCCUCUUUGAAGGGUGCACGACAAUCAUAAGAAUCAAUCGAUUGUCAAACCUGGAGGCACAUCUUAUAACACACAAUCCUAUGAAGGAGAUCGAAUGUACAGCAUGUGCACAACGGCAUAGCUACAAACGGGAUAAUGAGCUCAUCAAACACUUCAAAAGCACUUAUCCCGACAAGAAGUUCGAGCCGAACUUGCACAUGCGCAAGAAAACCGAAGCGGACAUGAAGAUGGAAGUGGAACGGUGCCCAUUUGUUUGCUCGAAGUGUAACAGUCUGUAUGGAACCUUGGAAGAGCUUGAGACACAUUAUCCCGCCAAGCAUGGACCGACACUACCGGAAAAGGCGAAGGUGCCCAGGAAGAGGGCGCAGAUUGAUAAGAAAUUGGAGGAGUGGGAAGAUUUCAAACGAUCGGCCGAGGCAUUCAAAAUGCUCCUUGAAGCCCAUCGUGAAGCCCGACGUGCAGCCCAACGUGAGGCGCCACAGACCCAACCAAGUGCGUCCAAACGAAAGCGAUCAUGA